CAACAAUAGACGAUAUCAGCUACAGACAUCAACAACGUUCACUACCUCGUUUCGAGAAGAGAGCAGCGUGGAUUGCGCCCUACCAACCAUGCGUACAAUCGGCUGGAGAAAUCUUAUCAAUUCGAAUUGUAACCCCUGCGUUCCAGAACUAGCGAUGUAACUCACAGCAGACAUGUUAUGAGAGCUCUAUAGCUCCGGCCCAGCAUUUCAGUUCGCAUGGAUGGCAUCUCGCUCGGACAACUAACACUGCAAUUCGAUUUUACUCGCUUCGACUGAUUACUGAGCGAAUCACAUCUUCCUUGAAGGGCCCAUCCAGGAUUUCCACUUGUUCCACCUGUUCCACCUGUUCCACCUGUUCCACGUCGAAUCCACAAGGUCCUCCUUCACCCUAGCAGCGCUAUCGCAAAACAUAUCUAUCGCUUUUGUGCAGCACUAGACAAUAGCGCGAUAUCGAAAGGGAACCUUGUGAGAAACAGCUCUUCAAGGUAGAAUUCAAGAAACAAUGGAUAAUUACGGCAAUGAACAGGGCAUACAGGGCGGUCUGUUGACUGGUAAUUCUGGCUAUAUAAGCCAUCGAGAUACCCGCCGGGAAACCGACAUCUCACCACGGAGUUCAAGUAUCAAAAUUCUCAGGGCCUCGAAAGACAAUUCUAUUAUUCCCCCCCGGCCUUCUUGACCAUCACCAUGAGGCUCCCCAUACCUGUUGUGUUUGCGUCCGUUUAUGCGGGAGCUGUCCUCGCAGUUCCCCAUGCAGAUUGGAACCCAGCACCGCCAUGCCAUGCUUGCGCAGGUUGGCUGCAAUGCGACCACAGCCCGAGAAACGACUAUCCCAUCCACAACUCUUGCAAUGCCACCGAGCGGAGGAUGAUCCGUCGCGGUUUACAGGAUGCCAUGACUCUAGCUGCCCGGGCCAGAGACCAUGUGCUCUGGUAUGGCAAAGAUUCCGCUCUGUACCGCAAGUACUUCGGCGAUGGCCCGACUAGCGAGGUAAUCGGGAACCUAGAGCGGGUCGUCAGUGGGAAAAAGUGGAAGACGUUGUUCCGCUGCGAUGACCCGGAUGGGAAUUGCAAGCAUUUCCCCAAAUACGGCGGCCACUGGCGCGGCGAAAACGCCACCGACGAAACCGUAAUCUGUGCGUUAUCCUACCACACACGGCUAUAUCUCGAUUACUUCUGCACGCGCGGGUAUACCGUCUCCGGUUCACCGCGCAACACCUACUGGGGCACCGACAUGCUGCAUCGGCUGUUCCACAUGCCUGCCAUCGGCGAGUCCUACGUUGACCACUUUGCCAGCUCCUACGAGGACGUGAUGCACCUAGCGAAGUAUAAUUCCACCUACGCCACGCGAGAUAGCAAUACGCUGCAGUACUUUGCGGCAGACGUGUAUGGGCAUGAAGUCGCCGUGCCGCAUUUUGGGUGUCCGGGUAAGUGGGAAGAGGAAAAAUCGACGACUACGACGAUGCCACCCACUACUCAACCGACACAGGACACACCCACACCCACGGUUCCGCAGCCCCCAGCGCCAACCGUUCAUGUACCACCGAAUUGCCACACGCACGAGGGCGGAGAGUUGCAUUGCCUCUAGGCCGCAUAUAGGGCUUUUGAGGAAUGCAAGCUCGACCAUUCUGCAGGUAUGGCCCGAGGAUGGAGGAGGGGCAAGGCCCCCUCUCCCCAUCACGAAUGACAGGGAUAGCGGAGAGAGAAUGCAUGUUGGAUGUCCAUGAUACCCACGCGUAUACCAAGCCAGCAUUUAACAAUACAAUGAUAAGAAUGACUUAGAAGAAAAGAAUAUGACAAUCGGAUAGAAUAGGGAUAAUCGACUAGAAUAGUACGCUACAUCCUUUGUUCAUUUCAUCUCCAUCGCCUGCAUACUUAGCCUCACUCUGCAGAAGCUCCCAAGCUUCCCCUGACACAACCAUCGUCUUGCACAGCCACACUCACACCGGGAGGGAUGGAUCAUUCCCCUUCUCAUUUUAACUACUCCGUACUUCAGCCCUACCAGCCCGCGCAGCCACAGCUCUUGAACCAACCGUGAUCAGAUCAGGCCAUUUAUUAUUAUUGCCUCUCCACAGCUGAAUGGCGGAAACAAGUGAUAAAAUUUCUGGGACGGAGCCUCUUAUUAUUCUGUCCAAUCUUGUUACUCCAUAGACGAGGGGUUCUGAGCAUCGUUGAUCAAGUAUUCUCUGAGAUAGUCACCGCUCUUCCCGAGUGUAAACCACAUACAAAAAGGCUGCGCCGUAUACUUGAGUAAAGAUGUGUAGCUAGUCACCAUUCAGACAAGUAUUUAUUAUUAUGGAGUAUUAUAGUUAGACCAGCAUCUCACCUCCCAUCAAAGGAACCCAAUGCCAAUCAACACAGCAUCAGCAAAAAGUUGCAACCCCCCCCUUCUCUCCUUUCAGAAAUCCAUAUACUAGCAUGCGCCUCCACCGAACCCACGAACCCACGAGCCAGCUGAGGCGGCGCUAAGUAGUAGUUUUUGAGAGUUCUACUCAAGGAUUUGUUGGUUAGUUUGCCUAGGAAGUCAUUAUUAUUAUUGAAUGCUGUGUCGAGUGUCGAGGAGCUAAUACUAUAUAUUCCAUGGCUGUAUUAUAUAUAAUAAGAUACCUGUAUCAGGCAAUAUGGUAUUAUACGGUAUUUACAAGUAUAUUGCUUCGUCCGCUGCUUAUUAUUAUUAUUAUUAUUAUUAUUAGUCGACAACUACGGCAUACACCGCUGCCCACUAGUACGCUGUAAGGAAGUAACUAACCAACCCAGUCCAGUCCAAUCAGCCGGUGGAUCGUGGCUGGCCAGAUGAGUGCUAUAUUUAGACACCGAGCAGACGGACGGCAGACUGCAGCUGGGCGGUGUUGGUUGGUGUUGGUUGGUGGGCAAUGCAAUGGUGGCUAAAGGGAGCAAGUCGGCGUGCAAUAAUGAUCUCUUUGUCGCUUGGGUUGGAUGCGAUGGCAUCUUGUCCUGAGGAUUCUUUAAAUCUCUUUUCUUCUUCUUCAUCUUCUUCUUCAACACACCGCGAUGGAUCUGGUUUUGCGGGGAUGAGAUCAGUCUAAAAUUGCCCUCAUGUCAUUAUUGUCCCUCACACGCAUGUUCACAUGGAACUUACAGCACAUGCAUCCUUGCAUACUCGCUGUCCAAACCCCCUAGAGCGAUAAUAUAAUUGACAGUUCAAGGGACGAGGAAUUUACCAGUAUUAAUUAUCCCAGACAUUCCUGACAGCUCACGGGCUCACGGGCACUGAAAUGAAGUCUGGACAUGGAAACCAGGCGGAUAUAAAAGAUGCCCCCUAAUAACCAUUCCAUACACAAUAAAAAAAUAAGGAGAAAAAUCAAACCUCGUGUUGACCCCCCUUUGGCUCCUUAAUAUAAAGGGAAGAGGGACAACGUUAGUUGGUCUGUAACAGCAACCCCACCCGCG